AUGGCAGCAAGCCAAGAAUAUACCCGGCAGGAAAUGAAAGACUCAGAAGGCAUGCUUGCAUCGGAACUGAACAAACUGAGUUUGCAAGAAAGAAAUGAGGCCCUAGAAGACAUUCAUUGUGUCGGACAUGACCUGGAGGAAACACCCGAGCUUGUGCAAGAGCUACUUGCGAAAUUCGAUCAAACAGUUCAACGGCAACAGCAACACGAUCCCACCUACCAAGAGGUGGCAAAGCGGCAUCGAGCAUACGUUGAAGAUCCUUCCUUUCGCUUGAAGUUUCUCAGGGCUAAUAUGCACAAUGUUGGCAGAGCA